AGUUUACUGCAUCCGGAAAACGCUCUAUGGGUUAUUUUCUGGUUUUUCCCCUGCAGCGUUUGGGUCUCUAUAAAUCAGUUACGUUGCAAUACGUUUGUUGAUUUUCUUGCCAGGAAGCUAACUAAUGCCAGCUUCCCGUCAUGUCUGCUACAAUGACCACCAUUGUCCACGAUACUACAGAGGCAGUGUGCUUCUCCUCUGAGUACAACCUCUACCUCAAGCCCAUUGCCAAGAUGACCAUCAGUGUGGCUCUGCCGCAGCUCAAGCUGCCGGGCAAGAGCAUCUCAAACUGGGAAGUAAUGGAGAGGAUCAAGGCCAUGGUAGCUCCGGAUCAGUUUUCAGCCCUGCGAAUCUCCAAGAGCACGAUGGACUUCAUCCGCUUCGAGGGCGAGGUGGAGAACAAGACGGUGGUCAAGAGCCUGCUGGCUCGUCUGGAUGGGAAGAGCAUCAAACUCAGUGGAUUCACUGAUGUACUGAAGGUCCGUGCGAUAGAGAACAAAGUGGACUUCCCUACACGUCACGACUGGGACUCCUUCUUCCGCGACGCCAAGGAUAUGAAUGAGACUGUGCCGGGAGAGAGGCCCGACACCAUCCACCUAGAGGGACUUCCUUGCCGCUGGUUCAGCCAGAAGGACUGCCCGUACCCAGACCGGCCCUCUGAAGAGGUCCUGAUUGCGGUCUUUCAGACAUUUGGCCAGGUGCGGAAUGUUGACAUCCCCAUGCUGGACCCAUACCGGGAGGAGAUGCUGGACAAGAACUUCAACACAUUCAGUUUCGGGGGACACCUGAACUUUGACGCUUAUGUCCAGUACCAGGAGUAUGGCGGCUUCACCAAGGCAAUGGACACUCUGCGCAGCAUGAAGCUGAUGCUGAAAGGAGACGAUGGAAAGGCAGUGGCCUGCAACAUCAAGGUGGCCUUUGACACCAGCAAGCACCUGAGUGAGUUGGCUCUGAAGAAGAGGAGCCUGGAGAGGCUGAAGUUACAGGAGCUGGAGAGGCAGAGAGAGGAGCAGAAACGACGGGAGAAGGAGGAGGAGGAGCGACGGAAGGAUGAGGAGAGGAAGCAGAAGGAGCAGGAAGAGGAGGAGAAGGAGAAGAGGAAGGAAGAGAGGAUACGAAAGCGAGAACUGAAGCUGCGGGAGAGAGAGGAGAGGAGGAACCUGAAGAAGGUGAGGCGACAGCAGGAGGAGGAUCAGAAGAAGCUGCAGAUGAAGAUCGCCAUGGAGGAGAGGAGGCUGCUGCUUGCUCAGCGCAACUUGGAGUCCAUCCGUCUCAUUGCUGAGCUUCUGGCCCGGGCCAAGGACCUGAAGCAGCAGCAGCAAGAGAAACAGAGGGCUGAGCGGGAGGAGCGGGAGAGGCAGGAGCAGGCUCGACAAAAGGAGGAACUGGCUCGUCUUCAGCAGCUGGAGGCCUGCCGGCGCAAGCAGGAGGAGGAGCUCCGGAGGGUGGAGGUGGAGAAGGAGCGAGCGCUGGAGCUCCAGCGGCGCGAGAGGGAGCUUAGGGAGAAACUGCUUGGCAACCUGGUAAAGAAGAGCAGCGGUAAAGCCACAAGACCUCCAGGCGCACAGGACCAGGCUGGCCCUGUGACCGGGGAGGAGGCCUCUGCUCCUGGUGUUAAUGAUGUGAUGUUGGGGGUCCUGGGCCGGAUGUACGGAGUGAAGGCAAUUGAGGGCGAAGAGAAGCAGGUGUCCAAAUCCAGUGUGCAUUCACAAGUGUUGGGCAAAAAACGAACACCAGAGGAGGACACGAAGAAGGACCGGGAAGGAAGGAAGGAAGAGGUGAUGAGGAGUAAGCACGGUAGGGAGCAAGCGAGGGACCGCAACCACUCCCACAGAAAGAGGAGCUCCCACAGCCGAGGAAGGAGGAGGCGCUCUCACAGCUACAGCAGCAGGAGGAGGAGGAGCUCCAGUCGUCGUAGGAGGAGCCACAGCCGGAGCACAAGCUCCAGCCGGGACAGGAGCCGGAGCAGCAGUGGGAGGAGCUACAGCGGCGAGAGGACCAGCAGGCAUAGUCACCGUAGAUACAUCAGAGGCAGCUCCAGGACCAGCAACAAGAGUAGAGACGGGAGGAGUCCCAGCCAUCACAGGUACAAGAGACACAGCAACAGCAGAGACAGGAGCCACUCCAGACGAUGCUAAUCAUCAGUUUGUUGAUUUAUGUAUUCCCCAUUGUUGGGCUUACACCUAAAGUUCAAUAAGUUUCAGAAGAAGAAUAGACGUUUUGGCCCUUUAAGUAAGUAAUAUAACAGUGCACCGAAUGGCUUUUUCCAGAAUAAGGCAGCACAAAACAAGAAAUCUUGAAUAUGAAAAAACAAAAAUCCCAUUUAAAGCAGAAUCAGCUGAAACUAUAUAUGUAAGUGUACCCUGUAUGUGAAAGGCAUGUACAUCAGUGAUGAUUCUAGGGUGGUGCUUUUACCUUUUUUAUUUUAUUUUUUUCUCCACAUUUCAUACUGCUCAGUAUCAGCUGCUGACUCCAUUUGUCAAAUCUUCAAUGUGUUUACAUUUAACAACUUCAUGGCAUAACACACACAAUUUACCAUUUGUUUUUAGAAUAUUAUACUUUGCCAUGUGUGAAAGACAUUGCAUCUACAUAUGCACUGAAGUACACUAAAACCAACAUGAAUAAACGUAUUAGGGUCUUCAAAUGUGUAUGUUGAGAACAUUAACUGUCUGAUAAUUAAAGGUGAAUAUGAUCGGCUCAUUGUAUUUGCAGAUUGACACACCCGUCUGACCCUACUGUGAACCCAACAGCCUGUUGAUGUAAGCAAGUAGUCUUUGUGCAUGAUUAACAGUUGGUUUUAAUAAGUGGAAAGUUUUAUUUUGAUGUGGCACCAACCUCUUCAUCCACACUCUUAGCACACCUCUAUGUUUAGGCUGACCUGUCCCGUGUCAACGGCCUGAAAUAUUUCCUUGUGUUGCUGAUAAACAGCUCGUCGUCCAGCUUAACCAAGCGGCACCAUUUUUGAUGAUCACAAAGUUUCAACUUACAAAGACUUCAUUUAUUUUAAGUUGUAUUUGAAUUUACAAAUGUGAAUAAGUUGAGUGAGUGACUUGCGUGAAUUGAAAGUAACAAAAGGCGUAUUGGCCCCGACUCAUCAAGCAGUGUUCUCCCUCUUUCUUUUUUUUUAAUGAGUAUGUCUUGAAUUGAAGUGACGGCUUUGAGACCGCUCCAAUUUCUUCAAGUCUGGGUUAAAGCUUUAAUUAUCGUUUUAGAAAAAAAGGGUUCCAGUCAGUCCAGCACUGUACCAAGUAGAAAGGAGAUGUUAGGAUUCUUUCAUGUUCACAAUGUAAUGCUGGAUACAUUUCUAUAGCCGUACUAAUAGCUGUACAGACGGUUCUCCUUGUUGUAUUUCAGCUUUGAGGAAGUCAAUAAGGUCCAAUGGUUGUUUUUUUUGACACUGCUAAAUUGACAUUUGUUGCUCACCAUGGCAAUAACCACUUGUUCUGUGUACCUCAUGAUCUCUGAGAGCAUGUCAUGCAUACACAUUUUAAUAAAAAGUCAUGCUGAAAA